AUGGAGAGCCUGCAGGACCCGGACCUGAACGUGCGCCGGGCCACACUGGCUUUCUUCAACUCCGCCGUGCACAAGAAGCCCUCUCUGGUCCGCGACCUGCUGGACGACAUCCUGCCCUUCCUCUACCAGGAGACGAAGAUCCGCCGCGACCUCAUCCGAGAGGUGGAGAUGGGGCCCUUUAAGCACACGGUGGACGAUGGGCUGGACGUGCGGAAGGCGGCCUUCGAGUGCAUGUACUCACUGCUGGAGAGCUGCUUGGGCCAGCUGGACGUCUGCGAGUUCCUGAACCACGUGGAGGAUGGCUUGAAGGACCACUGCGAUAUCCGGAUGCUGACCUUCAUCAUGCUCGCCCGACUGGCUGCCCUGUGUCCUGUGCCGUCCUGCAGAGGGUGGACCGGCUCAUCGAGCCCCUCAGGGCCACCUGCACUGCCAAGGUCAAAGCUGGUUCCGUGA